GAUUAAACCAUUUUCUAUUGAUAACUCUGAAGGAAAAUAUGUCUGAUAAUACCAAAAGCAGUGACUCGAGCUACUGUGUUGUGACUGGAACUGGACUUCAGAAAAGAGAAGAACAUGUAAAGGAAAUAUCAGCACUGAAGAACGUUAUAAGCGAGAAAAAAGGUCAGCUGGAAACGGUGUGUGUAGAAUGGCAACGCAAAUACGACCAACAGAAGAGCGAAGGAGAAAAACUUAAAAUUCUCUACGCAGAUGCGAUGGUUAAGCAGCGAGAAGGUUGCGAAACUAAGCUUGCCCUCGACAAAACGAAAGAAGAACUUAAUUUGGCAAAAUCUGAAAUAAACGAACAGAAAAUAGAGCUAUGGAAGAAAAGUAACGAGAUAAUGAAACUGCAGUCACGGAUUGAAACUCUGGAAAAAGAACUGAGGAAUGUCAACGAGACGUAUCCGGAAGGUCUCCGUGAUGAAAUGAUGUCGUCGGUGAACGAGCACAAAGUGGAGGUUUCAGGUCUUCAAGAGAAAAUUGUUCUGCUUACUGAUCUGCUAUCUAAGAGGAACGUUGAAAUUGAAACAAUGUUGGAAAUGUCAUCAACAUUGAGCGACUUAAAUACAUCUGUCGAUGUAGUUAAGGAUGAAGUGGCUGGUAUGAACAUCCACAUGACAGAGGGACAGAUUGAUCUACAUGCUACAAUAGAACAAGGGCAUCGCGAAAUGGUCGAAGAGCAGAGGCAUCUGAGAAAUACCUUAGCAACAAUGGCUGAAGCACACAACAAAUCAACGUCUGAAAUGAGGGAAAUGAAGGCUCAGCAAGCUGAAAUGUGGAGCAUGAUGAAUAAGAUGUGUGAAACCAUUACUGGACAAAGACAUGAGCCGGAACAAUUCAGUGAGAACAAAACUGGACAACGGCAUGGACCCCAAGGAUUCAGUGACCCAAAAAUACGCGGUGCAAAUUCAAAAAAGAAGUAAAAUCAAUAAGAUGUAAAACUCUCAAAGGAAUUCAAACAAACUUUGAGCAUGAUAAAUGGCGUCAUGAUGAUGUGCACAGUGCAAGAAAUAUCACUCUUAAUUCGUCUUUAAAUCAAACUGAAAAGGGAAGAUACCAAGAGGUGCCAUGUUUAUCCAAUACCUUACAAAACAACUAAACAUAGAGAAAACAAUAGCAACAAUGAAGAUUAAUAAGACAAGAACAUGUAUUGUUUUAAUAGGAUUGCUCAUUUAUAGAGUUGUUUUAGGCCUUUUUAUCUAAAUUAAAUACCCACAAAAUACGGUGAGGCCAAUAUAAAUUAAUUACUAGAUUUUCAUCUCAAUAUUCUUGUUUUAUGAGAGUCAGAGGGUAAUACUUUUUUUCUGAGAUGGCUGUUACACUGUUGAAUAUGUGUCCAUGCUCUUUCUUAUUGCACAAGAGAUCACAAUCGUAACAAUUCUACUUUUUUUACAUGUGAAUGUUAAUAUCCACACCGGCUGGUAUGAAUAAAUGCCAUUCCCAGACAGUACCAGACCGAUACGCACAUACUCACCCAAGUUCAACACUUUUAUUUGAGUCAAUUAAAUUUUAGGGGCGGCGGAAAAAGAGACAAAGAUGAGGGUGGAGAUGCAAACCUAGCAAAUUAUAUAUAUAUAUAUAUGUAUAUUUUUUACCUUCAAUUUAUUAAUAUUAUUUUGUAUAAAAUAAGUCCCAAAUAAUAACCUAUUUUGAUACAUCAACUUGUGUAAUAUAAAAUGAUUUAUAUUGUGUAUGUUGUAACUUAAAGCUGCACUCUCACAGAUUUACCAUUUUUACAACUUUUUUUAUUUUUUGUUUUGGAAAGAGUAAAUGUUCGCGUAAAUAUCUGCCAACCAAUGAUAUAAGAUUGCUGACAAAAAAUCAGAUCAUAGAUUUUCAUAUUUAUGUUAGAAAAUUAAUGUUUUAUGGCCUAAACCAUUACUAACGUUUUAAGAAAAAUGCAUAAAGCAUCAAUUUUUGAACUUAAAUAUUAAAAAUCUGCGAUCUAAAUUUUUUGUCAGCAGUCUUAUGUAACUGGCUUCAAUGUAUUUUCGCAAGAAUUGGCCUGUUCCAAGACAAAUAAUAAAAAAGUUGUCAAACGUUCAAUCUGUGAGAGUGCAGCUUAAACGCUUCGUUUUGUAUGACAUUAACCAUUGCACAAUUGUAUAAAGGAAUUACCUACAAAGGCCGUUAUUUUUAUAAUAUUGAGGUCAGUUCAAAAUUUGAUCAUUUUCGUUAAAAGGCAAUUGAAUGAAUUUGUUUGAAAUUACUAGCUAUAAUUAGUUAAUCACAUAAUCACAUGAUGCAGCAUAAUAGUGCAAUGACCUUAUGGUUAGA